CUAGCGCGCUGCGAUCAUGAUCGAGUGAUUCGCUGGGAGAAUUUUAACACGCGUGGCAUUGCGCAAGCAGCUGUUGUGGACCCGAGACGACCAUACUCAUCGAGGGAAUUUUUCCUGAACCAUCAUGGCAGACAAUGGGGGAAAUGUAGAAAAUAAUCAAGGAGAUGCACCAAUUUCCAAGAAAGCCCAGAAGAAAGCCCAAAAGGAAGCAGAGAAAGCGGCUAAAAAGGCUGAAAGACAAGCAGAACAGGCUGCAGAGGCCGAGGCAGAAGCAGGAGAUGAUUUUGCUAAGGAUCUCUAUGGCAAUUAUCCCCUGAUUCAGUCACAGAAUAAGAUUGAGAGGAAAAUCUACCGAGUUGAAGAGCUUACUGCAGACAAAAUUGAUCAGAAGGUCUGGAUCAGGGCUCGCUUACACACCAGCAGGAGCAAAGGCAAGCAAUGUUUUCUUGUGCUGCGACAGCAACAGUUUAAUUGCCAGGGUCUGCUCUGUGUCAGUGACAAAGUUAGCAAGCCUAUGGUUAAAUUUGCUGCCAAUAUUACAAAGGAAUCCAUUGUUGAUGUUGAGGGUGUGAUAGCUGCUGUGCCUCAGCCGAUUGAGAGCUGUACCCAGAAAGAUGUCGAACUUCACAUUGAACAGAUAUUUGUUGUGAGUCCUGCUGAGCCCAGAUUGCCUCUGCAAAUUGAUGAUGCUGCCAGAGCAGAGGGAAAGGAUGAUGAUGAUUCUUCCUUAGCAACGGUAGGACAAGAUGUCCGCCUUGACAACCGUGUCCUUGAUCUCAGGACCACUACUAACCAGGCCAUCUUCCGUCUUGAAGCCGGAGUAGUCCAAGAGUUUCGUGCAGCCAUGAAGAAGAGAGAUUUUGUUGAACUUCAGAUUCCCAAGAUCAUUUCAGCUGCCAGUGAGGGUGGAGCCAAUGUGUUUACUGUGUCUUACUUCAAGAACAAUGCCUACCUUGCUCAAUCACCUCAGCUCUACAAACAGAUGGGGAUUGCGGCUGACUUUGAGAGGGUUUUCACUAUUGGUGCAGUUUUCAGGGCAGAAGACUCCAACACACAUCGUCAUCUGUGUGAGUUUGUGGGCUUGGACAUGGAGAUGGCCUUUAAAUAUCAUUAUCAUGAGGCCCUGGAUGUCAUUGGAAGCGUAUUCAACGAUAUCUUCAGGGGUCUUCGAGACAACUUCCAGACAGAGAUCCAGACAGUAAGACGUCAGUUCCCGUCAGAAGACUUCAAGUUCCUAGACCCUCCUCUUCGUCUGGAGUGGCCUGAGGGUAUCAAGAUGCUGCGUGAUGCAGGCAUUGAGAUUGAUGACCUAGAAGAUCUUAGCACCCCUAAUGAGAAGUUCUUGGGUCGUCUUGUGAAGGAGAAGUAUGACACUGAUUUCUACAUCUUGGAUAAGUUCCCACUCUGCAUUCGGCCUUUCUACACUAUGCCUGAUCCAAACAACCCGCAAUACUCCAAUUCCUAUGACUGUUUCAUGAGAGGAGAAGAAAUCAUGUCUGGUGCUCAGCGAGUUCACGAUUCAAAGUUCCUCCUGGAGAGAGCCAAGCACCAUAACAUUGAUAUUGAGAAGAUCAAGGCCUACAUUGAUGCCUUUCGCUAUGGAGCGCCUCCACAUGCUGGUGGUGGAAUAGGUCUGGAGCGUGUCACCAUGUUGUACCUUGGUCUGGACAAUAUCAGGAAGACAUCACUCUUCCCUCGUGAUCCCAAGCGUCUUACACCAUGAGAAAGCACAGUGCUCGCAAUUAGUAAUUUUUGUACCGGUAGUUUAAAUUUUUAUGAUUAUAAUCGACCUGUGAUAGUCAGCACUAUAGUAGAAACAAUUUUGGGGUCUUCUUUAGAAAUAUGUAUCUUUACAAGUAAGUAUUUAGAGUAUACAACUUGAAUGAGUCAUUUUAGUUAUUUUAUUCAAGUUUUAUUUCAGCAUCUUACCUCAGGGAUGUUAAAGUUUAUCUUGAGUUCUGGUGAUGAUAAGAUUACAAACUCACAGUAUCAAAUGAAAAUACAAGACCCCCCAAAAUAAUGUCUUCCAAAUGAUUUAGUUCAACAGUGUAUAGAGGCUGAGUUGUGAGCACAGGAAGUUGAACAAAUCGAGCUC